AUUAAUAGAAAACAUAAGGGCCUACGAAGUUCAGGUGGUCGAAAGUUUGUUACCUAGCAUAAGAUGUCACACCGUAAAUUUGAGAGGCCCCGUAGCGGUAACCUCGGGUUCUUCCCGAAAAAGAGAUGUAAAUCUCAACGCGGUAAAAUUAGGUCGUUCCCUAAAGAUGAUCCAACUAAACCGCCACACUUCACCGCCUUUAUGGGUUACAAGGCCGGUAUGACUCACGUGACCCACGAGCCCGAUAAGCCAGGUUCCAAGCUUCACAAGAAGGAUACCGUAGAGGCCGUUACAAUCAUUGAGACCCCUCCCAUGAUAGUUGUCGGUCUCGUUGGUUACAUCGAAACGCCUCGUGGCCUUCGUGUGCUCACUACCGUAUGGGCUGGUCACUUGUCCGACGAAUGCAGACGCAGAUUCUACAAGAACUGGUACAAAUCUAAGAAGAAGGCCUUCACAAAAUAUGCCAAGAAGUUCGCUGAGACUAAGAUGAGCAAGGACAUCAGUCGUAUUGUUAACUACUGCACUGUCGUCAGGGCCAUCUGCCACACCCAACCUUCUAAGACACCACUCUCCAUGAAAAAGGCCUUCAUCAUCGAGAUCCAGGUCAACGGUGGUACUGUACAGGAAAAGGUUGACUACGUAACUAAGAUGUUCGAGCAGCCACUCCCAGUAAACGCUGUAUUCGCUAGCAAUGAAAUGGUUGAUGUUUUGGGUGUAACCAAAGGACAUGGAAUGAAAGGUGUUAUUAGCCGUUUCGGUGUUACCCGUCUACCACGUAAGACCCACAGGGGUUUGCGUAAGGUUGCCUGUAUUGGAUCAUGGCACCCGGCCAGGGUACAGUUCCAGGUUCCACGUAGCGGUCAGAAGGGAUACUUCCACCGUACCGAGCGUAACAAAAAGAUCUAUCGUCUGGGUCUGGGUAGCAACCCAAGGAAUGCCUCUACUGAUGCCGAUCUUACCGAAAAGCAGAUCACGCCUAUGGGUGGUUUCCCUCACUACGGUGAGGUUAAGGACGACUUCUUGAUGAUUAAAGGAUGCAUAGUAGGAACCAAGAAGAGGCCAAUCGUUAUCCGCAAGACCCUCGUCCCACAGGUAUCGCGCGAUGCCCUCGCAGAAAUCAACCUUCGUUUCAUCGAUACCUCAAGCAAAUGGGGACACGGUCGUUUCCAGACUUCUGGAGAGAAGCAGAAAUACUACGGCCCUCUCAAGAAGACCGUUACCAACGCUGCUGUCGCAGGCGUUUAAGUCAACCUUGUUUAUUAAUAUACAUCUGUAUUUG